CCACCCACCUGGUGUGACGGGAGGUAAGACCGCGAUUCAUUCAUUCUUCGGGGGCAGAGAAAGAUCCUUUUGGGUGGGAUUUCUGAAAAGGUCACUCUUGCACCCACAGUAGAAGGUGGUGCAGUGCCCAAGGUUUUCAAGCGGCUGUGUUUGAAGUCUCUGACCACUGACGGCAGACCAGAAAAUCCCCAUGGGGAAAUUCUUCACUUCUGCUUAAGUGACCCAACAGGAGCCGGGCGUGCUGGCUUCUCACCUUUGCUACGGCAGCAGUGGAACCAGACCAAGAUGAGCAUGGCAGGGAAAAGUGUAAAAUUCUGCAUUCUACCUGGAUUAAUAAAUCGUCUGAGCACACAGACCUUCUAACCACAUUUGUAAAAUGCCAGAGCUCGCUUAGAUACUGCCUUUCUUACUCCAGACAGAAAAAUAAGUAUUACCCAAUGAAGACCGAGGGAAUGCAUUUUAGUUAUGAAGCUAGAGAAUUUUCAAGUGCAGUUAGCUAAAUUUAGCUUCCAAUGUGUUUAAUAAAGAACUUGAAGAAAAACUCUUAUUUUUUUAAGCUUUGAGAACUCCCCUGUUCUGAGACCUUUUUCAGUUAAGUGUUUGUUUGGGAUCUUAAUACAGGCUUGGCAAUUGCAGUUUCAAUGCCUGAAUUUUAUCUCACCCAAGUCAGAGCUUUGAGAGUGAAAUUAUUCAGAUAAUGUACUGAAAAAUGACAAAUGCAUACCUCAAGUUAAAUUCUGACAGGCUGUUAAAUGGUCACAAAGCUUGCCUUUUCUUUCAAUGGAAACCUUCAUUAGCAAAAUUCUUUAAUUUCCCACUGCAUUUCUGUUACCAUUACGUUUAACAGGUAAAUGUCCCACAGGUUCAAUGGUUUCCAAGCCUGUAGGUCACCUAAACUAAAGUUUUACAGAAAUGUUACUUUACUGUUCAUUCUUUUAACAAAAUGUCCUAGCUGUAUUUUCAGUCCAGCUGAGCAAAUUCACUCUUCUCCAUAGACACAGAAUUCUCAUAGAACCAAACUUACAGUACUGAAAGGGCAUUAGAAGUUGCUCUCCUAGAUGUUUGAAGACCUAGACUACAUCAAGGAAAACCUCUUAUUUUCCUGGGUCUAGUCUCUAAUUAGCUCAUGUUAGAUAUUCCAAAUAUACAGAGUAUGAGGAGAAACUAAGGCACAGGAUAUAUAUUUUUGUCCCAAUCUUACAGAGUAGACAUAAAUAAUCAGUGCCAUGUUGUUCCUCCCCAUUAGAGUCUUCUGCUGACGUCCCUUCAGUAAAGUGCAGCCAUGGCCUCUGCAGAUGCUGAGAUGGCUGUUUUUGGGGAGGCGGCUCCCUAUCUGCGAAAGUCAGAGAAGGAAAGAAUUGCGGCCCAGAACAAGCCUUUCGAUGCCAAGUCAUCUGUCUUUGUGGCCCACCCUAAAGAAUCCUUUGUGAAGGGGACAAUCCAGAGCAGGGACGCAGGGAAGGUCACUGUCAAAACUGAAGCAGGAGAGACCCUGACUGUGAAGGAAGAUCAAAUCUUCUCCAUGAACCCACCCAAGUACGAUAAAAUCGAGGACAUGGCCAUGAUGACCCACCUCCACGAACCCGCUGUGCUGUACAACCUCAAAGAGCGUUACGCAGCCUGGAUGAUCUACACCUACUCGGGUCUCUUCUGCGUCACCGUCAACCCCUACAAGUGGCUGCCGGUGUACAACCCGGAGGUGGUGUUGGCCUACCGAGGCAAGAAGCGCCAGGAGGCCCCUCCACACAUCUUCUCCAUCUCUGACAACGCCUAUCAGUUCAUGCUGACUGAUCGCGAGAACCAGUCAAUCCUGAUCACCGGAGAAUCCGGUGCCGGGAAGACUGUGAACACAAAGCGUGUCAUCCAGUACUUUGCAACAAUUGCAGCCAGUGGGGAGAAGAAGAAGGAGGAGCAGACGGGCAAAAUGCAGGGAACGCUUGAGGAUCAAAUCAUCAGCGCCAACCCUCUGCUGGAGGCCUUUGGAAAUGCCAAGACUGUGAGGAAUGACAACUCCUCACGCUUUGGUAAAUUCAUCCGAAUCCACUUUGGGGCCACAGGCAAACUGGCUUCAGCAGACAUUGAAACUUAUCUGCUGGAGAAGUCUAGGGUCACUUUCCAGCUGAAGGCGGAAAGAAGCUACCACAUAUUUUAUCAGAUCUGCUCCAACAAGAAGCCGGAGCUAAUCGAAAUGCUCCUCAUCACCACCAACCCCUACGACUAUCCUUUUGUGAGUCAAGGUGAGAUCACUGUUCCAAGCAUCGAUGACAAGGAGGAGCUGAUGGCUACAGAUAGUGCCAUUGACAUCCUGGGCUUCUCUGCUGAUGAGAAGACAGCCAUCUACAAGCUGACAGGGGCUGUCAUGCACUAUGGCAACCUGAAGUUCAAGCAGAAACCAAGAGAGGAGCAGGCAGAGCCGGACGGCACAGAAGUUGCCGACAAGGCUGCCUACCUCAUGGGUCUGAAUUCAGCUGACAUGCUCAAGGCACUGUGCUACCCCCGAGUCAAAGUGGGGAAUGAAUACGUGACCAAGGGUCAGACUGCACAGCAGGUGCACAAUGCAGUUGGUGCUCUGGCCAAAGCCGUCUAUGAGAGGAUGUUCUUGUGGAUGGUUGUUCGCAUCAACCAGCAGCUGGAUACCAAGCAACCCAGACAGUACUUCAUUGGUGUCCUGGACAUUGCUGGCUUUGAGAUCUUUGAUUUCAACAGCUUUGAGCAGCUCUGCAUCAAUUUCACCAAUGAGAAACUGCAACAGUUUUUCAACCACCACAUGUUCGUGCUGGAGCAGGAGGAGUACAAGAAGGAAGGAAUUGAAUGGACAUUCAUUGACUUUGGGAUGGACCUGGCUGCCUGCAUCGAGCUCAUUGAGAAGCCCAUGGGCAUCUUCUCCAUCCUGGAAGAGGAGUGCAUGUUCCCCAAAGCAACGGACACCUCUUUCAAGAACAAGCUCUAUGACCAGCAUUUGGGCAAGUCUGGUAACUUCCAGAAGCCCAAACCUACCAAAGGGAAGGUUGAGGCUCACUUCUCGCUGAUACACUACGCUGGCACCGUGGACUACAACAUCACUGGCUGGCUGGAGAAGAACAAGGACCCCCUGAAUGAAACUGUCAUUGGGUUGUACCAGAAAUCAUCCCUGAAAACAUUGGCCUUACUCUUUGCCAACUAUGGUGGAGCAGAAGCAGAGGCUGGUGGUGGCAAGAAAGGCAGCAAGAAGAAGGGUUCUUCUUUCCAGACUGUCUCAGCUCUUUUCCGGGAGAAUUUAAACAAGCUGAUGACCAACCUGCGAAGCACCCACCCCCAUUUUGUACGCUGCAUCAUCCCAAAUGAAACAAAAACGCCUGGUGCCAUGGAGCAUGAGCUGGUGCUUCAUCAGCUGCGGUGCAACGGCGUGCUGGAAGGGAUCCGAAUUUGCAGGAAAGGAUUUCCCAACAGAGUAUUGUAUGCAGAUUUUAAACAGAGGUACAAAGUAUUGAAUGCAAGUGCUAUCCCAGAGGGACAGUUCAUUGACAGCAAGAAGGCUUGUGAGAAACUUCUCGGAUCGAUUGAUAUAGACCACACUCAAUACAAAUUUGGUCACACCAAGGUGUUCUUCAAAGCUGGGUUGAUAGGCCUCUUGGAAGAGAUGAGGGAUGAGAAGCUGGCACAGCUCAUCACCCGCACGCAGGCCAGGUGCAGGGGCUUCCUGAUGAGAGUGGAGUACCAGAGAAUGGUGGAGAGGAGAGAGUCCAUUUUCUGCAUCCAAUACAACAUUCGUGCAUUCAUGAACGUGAAGCACUGGCCCUGGAUGAAGCUGUUCUUCAAGAUCAAGCCCUUGCUGAAGAGCGCAGAAUCUGAGAAGGAGAUGGCCAACAUGAAACAAGAGUUUGAGAAAACCAAGGAAGAGCUUGCAAAGUCUGAGGCAAAGAGGAAGGAGCUCGAGGAGAAAAUGGUGAAACUGGUGCAGGAGAAAAAUGACCUGCAGCUCCAAGUGCAAGCUGAAGCUGAUGCUUUGGCUGAUGCUGAGGAGAGGUGUGACCAGCUCAUCAAAACCAAAAUCCAGCUGGAAGCCAAAGUUAAAGAGGUCACAGAAAGGGCUGAGGAUGAGGAGGAAAUCAAUGCUGAGCUGACAGCCAAGAAGAGGAAACUGGAGGAUGAAUGUUCAGAGCUGAAGAAAGAUAUUGAUGACCUUGAGUUAACACUGGCCAAGGUUGAGAAGGAAAAACAUGCCACGGAAAACAAGGUGAAAAAUCUCACUGAGGAGAUGGCAGCCCUGGACGAGACCAUUGCCAAGCUGACCAAAGAGAAGAAAGCCCUCCAAGAGGCCCAUCAGCAGACACUGGAUGACCUGCAGGCAGAAGAGGACAAAGUCAAUACUCUGACCAAAGCUAAGACCAAGCUGGAACAGCAAGUGGAUGAUCUGGAAGGGUCCCUGGAGCAGGAGAAGAAAGUGCGCAUGGAUCUGGAAAGAGCUAAGAGGAAACUCGAAGGAGACCUGAAGCUGGCCCAUGACAGCAUAAUGGAUUUGGAAAAUGAUAAGCAGCAGCUGGAUGAGAAACUGAAGAAGAAAGACUUUGAAAUCAGCCAGAUCCAGAGCAAAAUUGAGGAUGAGCAACUUCUGGGCAUCCAGUUACAGAAGAAGAUCAAGGAGCUGCAGGCUCGGAUUGAGGAACUGGAGGAGGAAAUUGAGGCAGAGAGAACUUCUCGGGCAAAAGCAGAGAAGCAUCGUGCUGACCUCUCACGGGAGCUGGAGGAGAUCAGUGAGCGCCUGGAAGAAGCAGGAGGGGCUACAGCCGCUCAGAUUGAGAUGAACAAGAAACGUGAGGCAGAAUUUCAGAAGAUGCGUCGUGACCUCGAAGAGGCCACCCUGCAGCACGAAGCCACGGCUGCCGCCCUGCGCAAGAAGCACGCGGACAGCACAGCUGAGCUUGGGGAGCAGAUCGACAACCUGCAGCGAGUGAAGCAGAAGCUGGAGAAGGAGAAGAGUGAGCUGAAGAUGGAGAUUGACGACCUGGCCAGUAACAUGGAGUCUGUCUCCAAAGCCAAGGCAAACCUGGAGAAGAUGUGCCGCACUCUAGAAGAUCAACUAAAUGAAUUUAAAACAAAGGAGGAACAGAAUCAGCGCAUGAUCAGCGAUCUCAGUGCUCAAAGAGCUCGUCUGCAGACAGAAUCUGGUGAAUAUGCACGCCAGGCAGAAGAAAAAGAUGGUUUAAUUUCUCAGCUGUCUAGAGGGAAACAGGCUUUCACCCAGCAGAUUGAGGAACUGAAGCGGCAACUAGAGGAAGAGAUAAAGGCCAAGAACGCGCUGGCCCACGCCUUGCAGUCUGCUCGCCAUGACUGUGACUUGCUCCGGGAACAAUAUGAGGAGGAGCAGGAAGCCAAGGGGGAGCUGCAGCGAGCCCUGUCCAAGGCCAACAGCGAAGUGGCCCAGUGGAGAACCAAAUAUGAGACGGACGCUAUUCAGCGCACGGAGGAGCUGGAGGAGGCCAAGAAGAAGCUGGCACAGCGCCUGCAGGAUGCAGAGGAACAUGUUGAAGCCGUCAAUGCCAAAUGUGCCUCCCUGGAAAAGACAAAGCAGAGGCUGCAGAAUGAAGUGGAGGACCUGAUGAUUGACGUGGAGCGAUCAAAUGCUGCCUGCGCAGCUCUGGAUAAGAAGCAGAAGAACUUUGACAAGAUCCUGGCAGAGUGGAAGCAGAAGUAUGAGGAAACGCAGGCUGAGCUGGAAGCCUCCCAGAAGGAGUCUCGCUCUCUCAGCACGGAGCUGUUUAAGAUGAAGAAUGCCUAUGAGGAGUCCUUGGACCACCUGGAAACGCUGAAGCGUGAGAACAAGAACUUGCAGCAGGAGAUUUCCGACCUCACGGAGCAGAUUGCAGAGGGAGGAAAGGCAAUUCAUGAGCUGGAGAAAAUCAAGAAGCAGAUUGAGCAGGAGAAAUCUGAAAUCCAGGCUGCUCUGGAGGAAGCUGAGGCCUCCCUUGAACAUGAAGAGGGGAAGAUCCUGCGCCUCCAGCUUGAGCUCAACCAGGUGAAGGCUGAGAUUGACAGGAAGAUAGCAGAGAAAGAUGAGGAGAUUGACCAGAUGAAGAGAAACCACCUCAGAAUUGUAGAGUCCUUGCAGAGCAGCCUGGACGCUGAAAUCAGGAGCAGGAAUGAAGCCCUGAGGCUGAAGAAGAAGAUGGAGGGAGACCUGAAUGAAAUGGAGAUCCAGCUGAGCCAUGCCAACCGUGUGGCUGCAGAGGCACAGAAGAACCUGAGAAACACCCAGGCAGUGCUCAAGGACACUCAGAUCCACUUGGAUGAUGCUCUGAGGACACAGGAAGACCUGAAGGAGCAGGUGGCCAUGGUGGAGCGCAGAGCAAACCUGCUGCAGGCUGAAAUUGAGGAGCUACGGGCAGCUCUGGAGCAGACAGAGCGGUCGAGGAAAGUGGCUGAGCAGGAGCUUCUGGAUGCCACUGAACGUGUGCAGCUCCUACAUACUCAAAACACCAGCUUGAUCAACACCAAGAAGAAGCUGGAAACAGACAUUGUGCAAAUCCAGAGUGAAAUGGAGGAUACAAUCCAGGAAGCCCGCAAUGCUGAAGAGAAGGCCAAGAAGGCCAUCACAGAUGCAGCCAUGAUGGCAGAAGAGCUGAAGAAGGAGCAGGACACCAGCGCCCACCUGGAGAGGAUGAAGAAGAACCUCGACCAGACAGUGAAGGACCUGCAGCACCGUCUGGAUGAGGCUGAACAGCUGGCACUGAAAGGAGGCAAGAAGCAAAUCCAGAAGCUGGAGGCCAGGGUGCGGGAGCUGGAAGGGGAGGUUGAUGCUGAGCAGAAGCGCAGCGCUGAAGCCGUGAAGGGUGUGCGCAAGUACGAGAGGAGGGUGAAGGAGCUGACCUACCAGUCUGAAGAAGAUCGGAAGAAUAUUCUCAGGCUGCAGGAUCUGGUGGACAAGCUGCAAAUGAAGGUGAAAUCCUACAAGAGACAAUCUGAAGAGGCUGAGGAGCUUUCCAAUGUCAACCUCUCCAAGUUCCGCAAGAUCCAGCACGAGCUGGAGGAAGCCGAGGAGCGCGCUGACAUUGCAGAGUCGCAAGUCAACAAGCUUCGAGCAAAGAGUCGGGAGUUUCAUCGAAAGAUAGAAGAAGAAGAAGAGUGAGGAUGUCGUGAGGCAACAAAGUGACCUGGGGGAUGCACAAAAUGUGAACCUCUAGGUCACUUUCUUCUGUAAUGAGUCUUUGUAGCCGUGUCGAUGUCUAGAGAAUAAACACUGUAGAUUCCUCUGCAUACCUAUGAACAGUGCCUUCUUUGAUUUUUUUUGGAACAAGCUUGGGAUGUUGCAUAGCAGAACAAGUUUUCUUACUAUUCCUGGCUGCGAGAAGGAAGCAGCUAAUGCAAACUCUGGAUUCAGGAUCUGCAUGCUUAGAAGUUGGCCACCACUGAUAGUGCAGCCUGUGCCCUCUUUCUGCAGAGAAGCUGCUUGUGCUGCUCCUGCCCUCUCAUGCAUCUCCCCUUAACGCUGCUCCAUUGCCCUUUUGGCACAACUUACUUCCCAUGUGAGGGGCAAGAGAGGACGGUUCCUAUCCUUUUUCCUUUCCCUGCUUUUGUGUGCGAUCCUGGCAGUCACAAACUCUAAACAUCAGUUUCUGUUAUCAGUUAUCAGAGGUCACAGUGCUCUGCACUCUGAAGGACCAACCGUUCCUUUGCACAGAGGAUUUUUGGCUCACA